GACAAAAAGUUAAUCUUCGAAGUGCUAAAAAGUAAGUUAUUUACACCCCAACUGAGCAUGAAUCUUGUGUAACCUCGGUGCAGGCCUUUACAGAUAAAAAGCUAUUAUACUUUUAGACCACGCCCAUUCCAGAAAUUAUGGUUAACCGAAACAAAAAUUUUCUUUUCUAUUGUACAUACUUGGUACAUCACAAUACUUCAAUUUAUCUUUUUCCCUUUUACUCAGGACCCUCAGGACCCAUUAAAAGGGAUACUCAUAUAAUUCAUUUUAAAGAGAUAUUUCGGUGAAAUUAUUAAUAAAAGAACUACAAAAUGAGGAUCCGUACUCUUUUGUUGUUAUUCCUCAUCCGAGUAUUCUGUGCCAAAGGCCAGGCAGGGACUACCCAGGAAAUCUCCUCUGAGGACAAAUUAAUUCUAAGAAAAAUGUGCGACUCUACACUACAAAUUGAAUGUUUAACGGGCAACACAGGAUAUCCACAAAAGUCGGAAAUUUUCUACAAAAGGAACUUAAAGGACUGUCAUGAGCGCCUUAGAGACAAUACCUUCCUCUGGAUUGAUUACCAAUAUUUCAAGCAACUCGAGCAUUUACCCUCGCAUACACACAUUUAUGUGCGCAAAAUUGCAGAUUAUACGUUGAAUUUGGAAAACCAGAGAGAGUUAACGGAGCUGACUAAGAAGAAACUUGUCCUGUUGGAAUUGGAACCAAAAGCCCUGAAUCCCGUAAAAAUUACACAAGGACGAGUUUGGCAAAGGCAAAGACUGCCACAUAGGAGAAUCUAUCCAUACUACAAAAACGACAUCGACGGCAAAAUCACGAUUAACGAUCACAGAACAACUUGUCUGGAUUUUGGAGGAUACAUCAGAGUCCAGGAGAGAGGCAAAACUGACAUGAAAGAACUUAAGUCGUCGCUAUGUUACAAAACACUUAAAGAGUUGACUGUUUCAAACGACAUCAUCAACAAAGCCAAAAAAUCCAACGUGCUGUCUGGUAGGAGGGAAAUUGUUAUCUCAGAAGCUGUGGUUGUUAUUAUGGUGCAGAAGAGCGACGGCGUUGCUUUCCCAAUCACACUCAAAGCGCUCGUGAAGGAGGAAAAACUCGCGGUAGAAUCAUUGAAACCAAAACUGAAGAGAUAUUGAAACAUCAAACCCGCGCCCUUUAUUCUUUUUGUUGUGAUAUUUCCUGAACAUUCAAUUUGAGAUUUAUUUAAAAAUUAUUUUCAACAUUUAUUUUAAUUUAAUACUUACACUCCUUAUACUACGUAAUUUUUAUUUGUAAUAAAUACUCUCGGAACUUCACAAA